UAGCCCAAAGCUAAAGGUUGUGAUUAAUAAUACUACACAUACUUACUAUGUACGAUUUCGCUGUUGGGUGCUCGCAUGCAUCAUCAUCCGUCCAUCGCUUGGCUGGCUGAUCGACGCUGCACUACCUACUCUGACCUACCUACCCAGGCCCGCAUCUUACGUACAGCUGGGCAAGGCGAAUCGAACUGCACCACACACUCUGACAUAAGUACUUUGCUAGGGCGAGCAUUGCUAUCUAUCUAUAGAUACGCCAAGGGCUCACGCCACAGCUCAAACACUGGUUCUUAAGGAAAGAAAAAGAAAAGGCAGACGAGAGAAGCCGCCACGAGAAGAGGAGACGAAGCUCAUUUCCCAGCAUGCCAGUCAAUUCGGUUAGGUACAGCAGUGAGCAUGUGUUGGGAUUGACAGGACGAGGUGUGGACCUGAGAAGGAGCCUGAUAUAUUGGUCUGAAACGAGUGAGAAUCGUAGGACCGGGAAGCAGAAAUGCCCAAUGCUGGAUUCUACCACUCACGGGGACGUACGUAUCAGUCUCGAUAUUAUCAUGUGUAUUGGAACGGAAUGUACUGGAGUUUCUUGGCCAUGUCAUCGAGCGACCCAGCGCGGUGGUGCGGUCCCGAACAUCGCGAGAGUUACACUACCCACAAAUCCACCAUACAAAUAUAUGUACGGUACGGUAUUUGAUUUAUAUCACUCCAAGGUCGCACGUACCUACUUACGGAAUGGGCUGGGGAUUGAGCGCCAUGACGAGUUGCAAGGUAAGAUAGCGCUGCAUGGCAUACUGAGGAGUAUCCAGUGCAGCCAGCGCAUCCAGUCUGUUGGGACGAUGGAUGGGUCUCUUCCUUCCAGAAAAGACGAGAGCUACACGUGUACGACUGUAGAAUGUGCUUCAUUAGCACGUGUCUGCCAGGUACUCUACAUACACAGUAGGAGGGCUCCGUUUGCGUGUUUGAGCUUUCGCAGGAUUCUAUUAUUAUCUGAUGCCCGAUAUCUCGCUCAAGCUCUCGUGGCCGAUCUAGCGCUGUGCUCCCCAGCUCUCGUAUAUUAGCGUAUCAGUGCUGAUAUUGGCCUCCGCUAUCAUCGCAGCCUUAUAGCAAAACAGUUAGGCUUGCUGUAUGAUAAACGCGAUGAUGGGGUUUUGCUGGGUCAACGUCCCAGCUUUCGCGUUAGGGAGCGCUUGAACGCUCGAUCCUAUCUCGUUACAGCAGAUAUCGCGCGGCUUUCAACUUUAGGCGGCCGAUCUGCACUGCAUAUGGGUAUUAUCUCGGCGGUGGCGGAUCUAGCGGAUGAGAUGGCUUAAGAAUUUACGGAGCUGGUCCCUUAUUCCUUGUCCAUGAUACCGGAGUUCGGGUCUCUUCGGGCUAACUGUAGAGCUGGUACACUAGAUAUCGGCUAGCUUGCCAGACCGUCUCCAAUCGCCGUAACCGAGGAAGAUACUUAUUACUAUCAUUCUUUAGCCACCUGCGCUGCACCGUGCCCGAGCCUCAA